AUGAACACACUUUCUUCAGCACACCGAGUGGUCGCAUCAACAUGUCGGAAUAUGCGACAUAACCUGACUCACGUACGCUACUCAUCCGCCUCCACCUCCCCCACACCCGAUCUUUCUCAAGGGGCUAAAGUCCGUCUCAAACAUCCCCGGACAGCUUUCCGGGAGCAAAUGACACAAAAGCGGAAACAAUAUUUUGCAGAGUCCAAAGAGGCACUGAAGAGGCAAGAGGCAAUUGCGGCACGCCAGAAGGAGCAAGAGGAGGCACGCAGAAGGGAAUUGUCUGAUAAGAUUCGUCAGUUCAAGGCCGAGCGUCUGAAGAGCUUUAGUGAAGUUGGAGAUGCAGAGCAGGGAGAGCCCGUUUCAGUAAAGGAGGGGUUGAGUCAAGAUGGACAGAAGGAGAGCGUCAAUGAGGGCAAGGAUCCCUUUUUUGAGUCACGGCGGGACCUUUACGCUCGGUUUAAGCAAGUUCGACGACAAAAGCGGUUUGAGAACUUUGUCCAAAGUCGCUGCACCCAAUCGGAACAGCGGCUUGAAUCUCUCUUGUACCUUUACCACUCUGCAAACAACUUCAUCACGUAUGAAAACAUCGAUGCGAGAGUUGCAGAAUUACAGCCCACUGCGAGCUCUUCGAAAUCCUUGGAGAAGGAGGCAAUGACCCGCCGGGCGAAACAACGAAUAGAGGCGUUGGAAGGGACCCUUCGCGGUGAGCUGCAAAAACAAUUUGGUGUAGAAAGACUGCGGGAGUUUAAAAGCGGAAAGGCAGCUGGUGAGAGCAAUCUUGGGGCAGAUGACCUAUUCAUCGAAAAGCGACGUAUGUUUCUGGACAAGUCGAGAGAGAUUACUCCGUAG